AUGGAGUAUCUCAUUCGCUUCGCCCAGGCCCAUGAGUCUUUUCGGCAAUCCGAGAUCCAGGCACUGGCUGACUUGGCGGGCGUGAAACUCGAAUUUCUACACUAUGAUAAGAAUUCCCCAUUCUGCAUAAUACGAGUACCUGAUGAAGCAGCAGCUCGUGCAGUAAUUACCCGAAGCAUAAUAGCCAAGGAUAUCUUCGAGCUUUGGGGCCAAGGCACCAACUUCGAUGAAGUCUACGCCGACGUCCGCAGGCGGACGGAGGAUCGCUGGGCGCAGUACAAGGACUCAUCGUUUCGGUUCACCAUUGACAGCUUCGCAGGAAAGCGCAGCAGUGAAAAGAAGCGCGAGAUCAUCCAGUCGUUUUCCUUCCUGGGGUUCAAGGGCCCCAUUCGCAUGAAGAACCCAGACCAGGAUUUCUGGGUCUUCGAGGACUACGGAUUGGACCUUAACUCUCCCGGUACGCCUCGUCCCGAGGGCCAAGAGCCGAAGAUUAUUUAUUUUGGACGCUGGAUUGCGAAUAGUAGUCGGGAUGUCGUCAAUAAAUAUGACCUCAAGAAGAGGCGCUAUAUUAGCACUACCUCUAUGGAUGCGGAGUUGACGCUCAUAACGGCUAAUAUGGCUCAUGCCGCGCCCGGGAAGCUUUUCUAUGAUCCGUUUGUUGGUACGGGGAGCUUCUUGGUGGCUAUGUCGCAUUUCGGGGCUGAGACGUUCGGAUCGGAUAUCGAUGGACGCAGUUUCCGGGGUAAAGAGAUGAUGGAGAGGGGUGGGACGAUGGGAGUAUUGUCAAACUUUCAGCAGUAUGAUAUGGUCGGCAAAUUUAUGGAUGUCUUUACUUCCGACCUUACCAAUACGCCUUUGCGCUCCGCUCAAUUCUUGGAUGGCAUCAUCUGUGAUCCGCCUUACGGUAUCCGCGAAGGACUCAGGGUUCUUGGGAGACGCGAGGGCCUCAAAAACGAAGAGGUCAUUAUCGAUGGAGUCCCUGCUCACUAUCGACCUGGAUAUAUUGCGCCUAAGAAGCCCUACGGCUUCGAAGCCAUGCUCAACGAUAUUCUCAACUUUGCUGUCAGAACUCUCGUUACGAAUGGACGUCUAGCCAUGUGGAUGCCAACGGCAAACGAUGAGGAGGUUGAAUUGGCGGUUCCGAUGCACCCGAACCUGGAGGGUCUCGUCGACUCAUCACCUAUCGAAGGCUACCAGAAGGACAAGUCUCAGACGUUUCACAAGGCCGGCAAAAGCUGGAUGCUCAGGGAGUGUACGCAGACCAACUGA